AUGACCCUACUCGACUCAUGCGAGACCGGGGCAACUCUAAGCGCUCAAGGAGAGGAAGUAAAGAUGCCUUUGAGCUCGACAGAGGUCGUGGUGACUGGUCGGCCUCUGUGCCGCAUCGUAGAAAGAGCCAGUACGUCGACGUUGAAGUCUAGGGGUGAAGGCACCGAGGAUUGUGCGAUUGCUGCGCAUCAGCUGCCGGACGCUACGAGUGUUGGCAACGUCACCCACAACACCAUUGGCGAUAAUGACCGCAGCAUAUCAACUUCGCAAGCGAUACGACGGUCUCAGACUAGACUGUGCUUCUUCCUCGAUGAAUCCGCGCUGAGCAAGACGAACCGCCAUGGGCGACACGAGAAGCGCUGGGUUUGGGUCUCACGCACUACAUCUUCUGCCGGCUAG